CGAUACGUGUGAGAGAUGUGCUGAGCACGUCGGGGAAUCUUAGGUACUCGUACGAGGCUGUGACGAACACGUGGGUAACUGCACGUAGGCGCAUGUCUCGACUUCUGUUGCAGACAGCUCCCCCGCCCUCCCCACCUCUUUCUAAUAUAAGCUUGUCCACGAACUCAGGGCCGGUGGUGCUUGCGAGUGAGAACGACCGCGUGUCUGUAGCUCUGAGCUCGCCCUUGAGCAGGGCCGAACCGACGGCUCGCCCGCUUAUCAGGCUGCAACAGCUGCGGUUCGACGCUAGCCAGCCGCUUGUCUUACACGUGUUCAUCAAUCAGCCCGACGCGACGGUCGACACCCCAAGAUCGGGAAAUCCAAACUACGUGACGUCACUGUUCAGCAUACUGGUACACAUCUAGAUGUGUAUAAGAGACAGAUACAUAGCUUUUGGUUAAGAAAAAAAUAUUUUUUUCCUGUCUUUUUUCAUUUUGUUUUACCAG